GUUGUGCACACACGCCAUUGUUGUAAGUGUAGAGUGUCUGUGGCCUUGUUUGUGAGGACUUACUGACAGACAGAAGCCCACAACAAAGACCUUCCUUGAAUGCAAUCAUCCAUUUCAAUGACUGUACAAUGAGUAUUCACAACACCGUAUCUGACUGUAUAUGUACACACGCCAAGACCCACUUGCAAACCCAUCCCAUCCGCUCAGGUCAGAUCAGAUGAGCGGCCUGGGUCUGGCCCUGAAGAGCUCAUGCAGUCUGGCCUCACACAGCAGCGACGACCUGUCCACCGACGACAGCCAAUCCCAAUGCACAUUCCCACGAUCACCAACACCACCUCCCGCACCACUGCCCAUGCAGCCGCCAUGAUGAUCGUAGAAGUGGGCGAUCCUCCCAGCGCCCAGCCGCAGUAUCUCGCUAGCAGCUGGGGCUGCCGGUGGGCGGCAGCUGGUGCUGUUGAUGGUGUGUUUGGGUGGCGGCGGCACCUGGUGCUCCUCGAUGCAGGUGUACUCGGCGAUGAGCGAGGUGAGGGCCUCGUCGGCGGCGUGGAUCUCCCCGGCUGGCAUAUACCGCGUGUAGUGGUGCAGGUGGGCCUGCAGGUGGGCAGGUGAAAGGCAGAUCAAUCAGAUGACUGACUGACGUGUCUGUCCAUUGGGUGUGUGAUGUGAUGUGCAUCUGAGUGGGUGGCUGUGGUGUGUGGCGUACAACAUACCUUUCUGUCGUACAGUUUGUGGAAUCUGGUCUGUAUUUGGUGCAGCAGGUCGCGGACGCCACACGAGUUGGACAGCGACAGGAGGCUGUACUUGUGGCCGGCGGGGGGCGUGUCGCAGAUGCCGACCUUAAACGCAUCCUACACACACACACCGGCAAAGCGAGAGCUCUCGCCUCCGUCCUCUUCUCUCUCGGCUGCGUGGUACCUCGUUCCAUCUGAGCAUCUUAAGGUGGCUCUUCACCCUGCAGGCAUUCACGACGACACAGACGCGAAAUACACCAUGCCCCUUGAUGGCUGCCGGCUGCCUGGCGCCCACCGAGCUACGUUCCGUGUGACGUCGGCGAUGGCCGCAUCGCCGCGGACGAUGAACGCGGUGGCCAUGCAGCUGACACAGCCGAGAGAGAGAGGGAACACACAAUCAGCCAAUGUCAGGGACAGGAUGGAUGCUUUGAUGGCUCACGUGGAGGCCUUCGGGUGUAUGUUGAUGACCUGGUGGGCCGGCGACAGCACGUCGCUGAACAGCUGAUCGAACCUGACACCAACACAGAUCACAUCCAAAAGCGUCUUUGCCCACGUGGAUGUCAGCCGACUCCAUGGCUUCCUUCCCCCGGCUGACUGACCCCCUUGGCAGCAUGGCUUUGUGGUCGACCUUCUUGGGGUCUCCUCGUGUGGGGGCCGAGUGGCUGUUGAUCGGACUCAUCGAUGACAGCAGAAAAUGCAAACCCGGAUACGGCACCUGAGGCAUGGCCAUGGAUGCACUGAUGGACAGACCGGCACAUCGACACGAGCUGCAUUCUGUGUGUGUGGCCAGAUGGGGUGUGUACCAGGUUGGUAGUGAUUUCGUUGAGGUCAAUGUUGAGCGUGCCCUCAAAGCGCAUAGAACUGCACACUCACACGCACACCAUUAACGAAAGCGCAUUGGGUCAUGUUGCUGACCUGGUGAGGUCGAGCAGCAGGUUGGCAACGAUGCCAUUCAUUUUGCUGAAUGGGUGCUUGUGAGUCUUGCGCCCCCGGCCGAGCCCCGGCCUGCCCGGCGCCCUGACGCUGACACUCUCCCAUGGCGACACCGACUGAGGCGGCAGCACCCGACCCAGCUGCUGAGAGACCUCCGCCUGCAAGCAGGCAGACAGGAAGCAUCCGUGUGUGUGUGGUGGGGGAGUGGCGGAGGGGCGACCUUUGCUGUCAUUGCGUUGGUCAUUUUGAUGAGAGCGUCGUUGGCUAUGGGCAGCACACACGAGGCAUGCUCCUUCAACACACGCAGCGCCAACGCACUGACAUGACAGACACACACACCAGCAAUGGCAUGCUUCCUGAUGCUGCCUGAUGCUGCCGUGAGUGUGAGUGUGUGUGCCUGUUGUAGGGUGAUGUGAUGACGUCGUCAUCCUCUGAGGGAAACACGGCCGUCACGAAGCGAUACACAUCGGGGUAAGCAUGCUCCAACACUGCACACACACACACCACACGCACACGAGAUGGAGGUCGCUGCUAUAUGUGUGUCCAUCCAUCCAUGUGACCGUACGCUGCAGCAAAUAGCAUCCGGUGCCCGACCCCGUGCCGCCCCCGAGGGAGUGGAGGAAGAAAAACGACUGAAGCGAAUCGCAAUGCUCCACCGGACGACGGACCUGACACACAGAGAGAGGGAGUAGGAAGCCCAUCGAUGUGAUUGCAUUGACUGCCUGACCUUUUCGAGCAGCUGGUCGCGAUACCGCACGCCAUAGUCAUUGUAACCCUGCGCCCUGAGGGGGUCAAUCCAACACACAUACACACACACCACAACCACAAUGCUGCCCGUGGGUUCUUCCCCAGGCGGCCGCUCACCAGUUGUUUCCCGAGCCGGAUACGUCUGUGAUGAGCUGUCGCGAGUCGAAGAGGUCCCUCAGCGGCCCCCUCAUCAGCUCGUUGACCACACCCUCCUCCAUGUCCACCAACACCGCCUGACACACACCACAUCAUGCCAACCACCAUAGGUCACCAUGGAUGGAUGGACGGAUGGAUGGAUGUGCAUCCACUCACUCACCCGUGCCCGCAGCGUCUUGACGGGGGCAGUGCCAUCGCCAACCGGGAUCUCCUUCGGAUCUGAAAACCUGCGCACACACACACAGUACAGAGAGAGAGAGAGGGAGAGAUCAAGGGAUGGAUCGGACGGUCAGAUCUGGCUGUGGGCAUUGCCUCAUCUCAUCUGCCCACCGUGUGUCAACGUUUCUGAAGAGAACUGAGGUGCCGGCGUCGAACUGUCCCUUCUUGUUGUAUGAGGCAUGUUCGUUGAGGGCUUCGCUCCAGAAGAUGCUGCCGAUCUGGUUGCCGCACUGACCGACCUGCACCACUAUCAACUCCCGAGGCAUAACGCCAAAUGCGAUGCGUUCAACCUCUCAUCGCCCGAUGCUCCCCGAUCGCCGAG